AAAUCGCGCAUCCAGGUGUGGCUCUACGAGCAGGUGAACACGCGGAUCGAGGGCCGCAUCAUGGGCUUCGACGAGUACAUGAACCUGGUGCUGGACGACGCCGAGGAGCUGGACGUCAAGAACCUCAAGCGCACGCCGCUGGGCCGCAUCUUGCUCAAGGGAGACACCAUCACGCUCAUGAUGGCCGUCGACGCCGCCAACGGAUCCAACUAG